AUGGUAGUACUGAGCGCGACGACGAUCGGAGCCCUAUUGGGUUUGGGUACUCAGAUGUAUUCCAACGCUCUCCGCAAACUCCCCUACAUGCGCCAUCCGUGGGAGCACGUAUUGGGAAUGGGAUUGGGCGUUGUGUUCGUGAACCAGCUUGUGAAAUGGGAGGCUCAAGUUGAACAAGAUCUCGAUAAGAUGCUCGAGAAAGCUAAGGCCGCUAAUGAAAGACGUUACAUUGACGGAGAUGAUGAUUAG